AUGAGUGAAGACUCUUCUGAAAAAAGUGAAGGAAGUCUAGACAUCUGUACAGCAGCAGGAGAAGAAGGAAAACUCGUUCACAGGAUUCCACCUCGAAUCCCCAGUUCCCUCAUACAUGCCAAAAAGGGUCUUUCUGUGACCGUGGAUGAAGCAAGAUUUCUGGAAAAACCACCCCUAUCUUACAUAGCCUUAAUUGCAAAGGCAAUUCUCUCUUCCCCUACAAAUAAAUUGAAUUUAGCUGCUAUCUACAAAUAUAUUGAAGAUAACUUUCCUUUCUACAGGAACAAAGGUCGAGGCUGGAGGAACAGUGUAAGGCACAACCUUUCACUAAAUGACUGUUUCAUCAAGGUGGGAAGAUGUGAGGAUGGCAAAGGAAACUAUUGGAGUAUUCACCCAUCAAACUUAAAUGACUUUGUCCAUGGGGAUUUCAGGCAACAUCGAAGGUCACGAAAGCGGGGGCGUUUAAAGGAGCUGGAGCAUUGCCUUGCUAUGAAUUAUUUCGUGCCAUGGGGACACUAUCCUUCCUACCCAGCACCACACUGGCUUUACCAAACACAUUAUUUUCUGGAUCCUCUGUGGAAAAUGCUGAAUGCUGACAGCCUGCAGUUUGUGCAUGAAUAUCAAAUGUGGAAUUGGAACAAAGCGCAGCCCGCGCGAAGGGACAGGGCUAGCGGAGCUGAGGAAACUCGCGGCAGAGAAGGGGCCCUGCUCGACGGCGCCGGCCGGCAGCACAGCACAGCACAGCACAGCACGGCCCGGCCCGGCCCGGUCCGGCAGUGGCGGUGUGCCGCUCAACCAGCCCGUCCGGGGACGCCGCCGUCCGCUCGGCGCCCAGCGAAGCCGGGAGUAGCCGCACCGCUCCGCAGGUCCGGUGCCGCGGGCUCUGCUCCCAACAAGUGUGCGGCUCGGUGUGUUCCGCCGAUACCGGCGUUCGGCCGCCCGCCGCGGACGGCUUCGGAAGUAGAGCCGCAGCUUCCCCCGGGGCACCCGUUCCCGACAGCCCACGCCAGCACUGGGGGUGAAACGGCAGCCGCCGUGCCGCGCAACUUGCGCCCCCGCGAUGCUUCGCACCCCGGCCCGCGGAGCCCGUCGGCAGCCGGAGCCUGCGAGACCCGAUUUCGUUUGAAAGCUGUCGGGGCCCAGCACGUUUCUCCCCCACUGCCCGGCCGGGCAGCGACCGCGGAGCCGCGGAGAGCGGCUGCCCGCGGAAACUCUGUCCCUCGCCGCCGCAGCCCCGAGGGGUGCGCGGUGCGUGUCGCCCGCAACCGUUGA